AUGAGUUCGAAAGAAGCCAGCAUCUCGACCAACGCACACAAGAUUCAUCUCCAAUCUCCCAGCCCCUGUACCGGUUGUGUGGUACCCACCAUCGACAUCGGACCCUACCUAAGUGAUCCAACUUCUUCUGAGGCACGGCAAUUGAUUGAUACAAUCCGCGCGGCGUGCGUAAAGACAGGGUUUUUCCAAAUAACAGGCCAUGGAGUUUCAAGAGAUCUACAGGAUUCCGCUAUUGACGCAGCCAAGGAAUUUUUCGCGCUUCCUAUUGAGGAGAAGGAGAAAUUGGAUAUUGAAAAGAACAUAGGCUUUAGGGGUUAUGACAAGAUUGGGACGCAAUCCUACAGCGCAUCCUCGGCACCGGAUCUCAAAGAGAGUUUUUUUAUUGGCACCGACAUAUCCAUUGACGAUCCACGUGUUCAAGCUGGCCGUAUCCUAACCGGACCAAAUGUCUGGCCGGACGAUUCAAUCUUGCACAAGUCUUGGUUUCGAGAGCCUGUGGAAAUGUACUACGCCGCCGUGCGUGAACUUGGGUCGAGGGUUAUGGAGAUGAUUGGGCAAAGCUUAACCUCGAAUCCAGAGCAGUUCCACUCAUUUCUUUCGAAUCAGCCUGCUGUGCCUCUACGCCUUCUUCAUUAUCCUAAAGCCUCGCUGGAGAGCACUGAAAGGAAGAUUGAUCAAUUCGGCUGCGGUGCACAUACCGAUUUCGGAGCUAUCACACUGCUCCUGCAAGACCAAAAUGCGGGUCUACAAUUGUUCAGCCCAGAGACAAAUGAAUGGUUCACUAUACCACCUCGCUCUGACACAUACGUUGUGAACGUUGGCGACAUGCUAUCAAGCAUUACAGGUGGGAAAUACAAAAGCAGCUGGCACCGUGUCCUCAAACAGACGCAGCAAGAUCGUUAUUCCAUUGCCCUCUUCAUGCAUGGGAAUUUGGACUUUGUUUUAAACCCGAUAAAUGGAAGCAGCUGGAAGGAGCCGCUUACCGUAGAGCAGUAUUUGCUGCAGCGUAUAAUGUCUACGUACUCGAAAGACAGAGUCACUAAGGUAAAUGCGGCUUCAGCAGGGUUAGGUUGA